GUGGGUUGACCAGGGUGCGGAGAUGUUUUGAUAGAGGAGUGGGAAGUUCAGGGUGACUCCUAGUGUGACGUAGAUUAAUCCAUAGCAGGAGAACCACACUCCAGGGUCCUCCAACCACUGCCAAGUUGUGACCAGCCACCAUCGAUCGAGGAAAUUCCCGUUGAAGCAGCCAGAUACCAGAGUAUACCUUCUCGGUCUCAACUACUUCUCUCCUCCACUCUCGAACCAAUACAAACAAACAGCUCGCCAGUCAUCAUGCUCGGUGUCCUCUCUCGUCAUGCCUUAUCAGCUUCACUUCUCAGGCGGUCAACAGCCUCCACUCGCCAAAUCCACAGCUCGGCACAGGCUUAUGCACUCAGCAAGUUCUCAAUGCCCGCCAUGUCCCCCACGAUGACUGAGGGUGGAAUCGCAAGUUGGAAGAAGAAAGAGGGAGAAAGCUUUGCGGUUGGGGAUGUCUUACUUGAGAUAGAAACUGAUAAAGCUACCAUGGAUGUGGAAGCCCAGGACGAUGGAAAAAUGGCCAAGAUCAUUAUGGCCGAUGGAUCAAAAGCGGUUCCAGUCGGAAAAGCGAUUGCAAUCUUUGCCGAGGAAGGGGAAGAGGUUAGCAGUAGCGAAUUAGAAAAAUUGAUCUCGGAAAGCGAAGCCUCGGCAGCACCAACCAGCAAAGAACCCUCCGAGCCCAAAUCCUCCAAACCAGAACCUGCCAAGGAGAGCUCCAAGUCAUCCAGCCCUCCAUCUUCAUCAAGCUCCCCCUCCUCCAAACCAUCCACCCAGUCCGCUCCACGGUCUGCGAUUUUCGCCACCCCAGCCGCCAAGCGCAUCGCACUUGAAAAGGGGAUUCCAUUGGCUUCAAUCAAGGGAUCCGGGCCCAACGGACGCAUCCUCGAAUCCGACCUAACCUCGUACUCGAAAGCUGGAGGAGCUUCAACCGCCUCUUCCGCCUCGGCUUCCGGUGCUCCCUAUGAAGACCUCCCGGUAUCCAACAUGAGAAGGACGAUUGCCAAUCGGUUGGGCGCCAGCAAGCGUGACGUACCUCACUACUACUUGACAUCCGAGAUUCAGAUGGAUCGGGUCAACCGUCUCCGGGCGCUCUUUAACAAGGCUGCCGAGGAACGAGCUGCUUCUUCAAAAGCUGGUGGACUGAAGGCACCCACUAAAUUGAGUGUCAAUGACUUCGUCAUCAAGGCCUCUGCCUUGGCCUGUGCAGACGUCCCCGAAGUGAACUCGAGCUGGCAAGAAGACUUCGUUAGACAAAACCAUCACGUAGACAUUUCAGUGGCAGUUGCCACACCAACCGGUCUGAUCACACCAAUUGUGACGAACGUAGGAAGUCGAGGUUUAGGUUCGAUUUCAGCGGAAAUCAAAGCCUUGGCAACGAAGGCGAAGAACAACCAGUUAACCCCACCAGAAUACCAAGGCGGGACCUUCACCGUCUCGAAUUUAGGGAUGUUCGGCUCCGUCAGCCACUUCACGGCGAUCAUCAAUUCCCCUCAAUCUUGCAUCUUGGCUGUCGGUGGGGCCGAGAAGAAGUUGGCGAUCGACGAGGAUCCUGCCGGGAAAGGAUUCAAAGAGAUCGAGGUCAUGAAGGUCACUUUAAGCUGUGAUCAUCGUGUUGUUGAUGGGGCUGUUGGAGCUAGAUGGCUGAAAGCAUUCAAGGGUUACAUGGAAAACCCACUUUCAUUCAUGCUCUAAAUGUAUCACUCACAAACAUCCGAGUAUCUCCCAGACCUCCUCAUUGAUCACCAAGUAUUGCCUCCCUCUCGCUCCCCCUUCCACAUGUCUCUAUCAAAAACAAAAAAACAAAAUCAUCUUGUUAUUCAAUAAAAACUUAAAUAAAGAAGAGAAACCCGAUCGUUCUUGUUAAUUGAUUUCUCUCCGUUGCUGUUGAGAUUUUUGUUUACAUACUUGUCUCUCUUCUCUUGUCCCUUUUUUUUUCUUGCUCAUACAAUACCAUUAUUUCACAAAAUCUCUGACAUGAGCCUUUUAAGAAGAGGUCAAGUAGUUAUAGGUCAAGG